AUGAUUGAAGAAGACAGCGAUUGGGACUCGGAACCCGAACUAGAAAUUGUGCAGAUACAAGAAGCAUCGAGAAUUCAUCGACGUAUACCAUCCAUUCACAGAAAUAAGUCAACUAUAUCAAAGAACAGUAUUCAGCCACAAACGAAUUCAAAAAUAGCCAGUUCGCCUUACUAUUGUGAAGAAAUCUGUCCCCAACUUGAUUUAGGCUAUCAAUGGCCACAGACAUCUUAUGAUUCCCAUAACGCAAGAAAGCAAAAGGGAUUCGUAAGAGUAACACCUAGCAAUACAGCCAUGCGUCAAAGACAGAUAGACAGACUACUAUUAACCAGAAGAGACAAGAUCAAAAAGGAUUCACUCUUGCUGGCAAUGACCAUUUUUCUGAAAGAUACUUAUAGUGCCAAUAAUUCCAACUUUGCAUACGAUCAAAGCAAGAUACCCAAAAGAAUACUCACUAAACCAAGCAGGCCUGUCAGAAAUGAAAAUCAUGAUAACGAAAACUUUGAUUACAUUCUUAAAGUAAAUGAGAUUUUAGGAGAAGAUCCUAACCAUCAAUAUCGUGUCAUUGACUUGUUGGGACAAGGCACAUUUGGCCAAGUUGUGAAAUGUGAACGUAUUUCUACUGGCGAAUUGUGCUCUGUAAAACUUAAUACAGUCAUGGAUCCAGAAGACAAACAUCAUAUUCUAAGACUCCACUAUGUCUUUCCUCAUAAAAACCAUUUGUGCUUGGUAUUUGAAUUACUGUCUUACAAUCUAUACGACCUUAUUGGACAUAAUCGAUACAAAGGGUUUCCAUCCGAUAAAGUUAGAGCAUUUGCUGUACAGAUUUUGGAUACUCUUUGUUUAUUAAAAGAAGCAAAAAUUAUUCACUGCGAUUUGAAACCAGAAAACAUUCUACUGACAAGUGAAAAAUCAUUGACAAUCAAAGUUAUUGAUUUUGGAUCCUCAUGUCAUGAAGCAAAUCGUAUUUAUACUUAUAUUCAAUCUCGCUUUUAUCGGUCUCCAGAAGUUUUGUUGGGCAUGCGUUAUACUGGAGCCAUUGAUAUGUGGUCUUUUGGCUGCAUUGUUGCAGAACUGUUCCUUGGUUUGCCUCUGUUUCCUGGUAGCUCAGAAUAUAACCAAUUGUUCAGAAUUGUAGAAAUGCUAGGAGUUCCAUCAAAAGACAUGUUGAGCAAAGGAAGAAACACACAUGUGUUCUUUAACAAGAAGCAAGUUGGAGAUAACAAUUUUGAAUAUGAACUCAAGUCUUGCGAGCAAUACAGUCAAGAAAAUAGUAAAAACGAAUUACCUAGAAAAAAGUAUUUUCCUCAAACAACACUCAAGGACAUUAUCUUGAUGUUCAACAAUGGAAAUCCAGUCUUGUCCAAAGAAGAAGAAAGGAAGCGGGGAGUUAAUACAGCUAAUGGCGAACAACAUGAGCUCAUAAAAAAGGCAUUAGAAAUGGAAGCAAGAUUAUGCAUCCUCGACUUUUUGUAUGGUGUAUUAGAAUUGAAUCCCUUGAAGAGAUGGACUCCUUUUCAGGCACUCCAGCAUCCUUUUAUAACGCAAAAGCCAUUCACAGGACCUUUCAAGCCUGAUAGUCAUACCAAACCUGUACGAAGGGCUGAAUCGAUGGGUAAGCCUACAGCGCCUGAACAAAUCCAAACACUUGCCAAGCAGAUUCAAAAGUCUUCGCCAAUCUCUAAAUACAAAAAAGAGCCUCAACAGACUCAACAAUAUGUUUCUGAAGCAUAUCGACAACGUAACACUCGAUCUCAAGGUGAUUAUGUUGGUCUUGUCAUACCUUCUUCACCUGACAAGGAUAAACAAGGCCCUCAAAAAAAAGUAAAGAUAGCAUCUCAGAUUAAGCUAAGAAGAGGUUCGCAUGAUUCAAUGCGCACACCUCCUCAUGAUGGACAAACAGUGCGUAGUGUGGUGGAUGGUCGAGCAGCCAAGAUAGGCAAUAAUGUUCGAAAAGCAUAUGCUGGGGAAGCUGCUGGUGGAUUAUUGAUGAUGAGACAACAGGAAAAAUCAUCUAGUUCAUCCAACAAUAAGCGUAAUAUCAUGGUAGAUGCUUUUAAACGUCGAAAAUAG